AUAUUUUAUUUGUUUUGUAGGUAUAUGCAUCUUGUCGGUAACCUGAUAUUUCAGUUAUUGCUGGGCCUACCUCUAGAGAUUGUACAUAAAUGGUGGAGAGUUCUUAUUGUCUACUUCUGUGGUGUUAUCGCAGGUUCACUGGCACAUUCAUUGACAGAUCACAAUGUUGCCUUGGCCGGUGCUAGUGGAGGUUGUUACGCUCUUAUAGGUGCCCAUCUGGCUUCAGUUGUAGUGAAUUGGUCCGAGAUGAACCACGAAUGUUGUGAUGGCAAUCCUAUAAGGUUCUUACUAAGUGCACCUGUCAGACUCACUGUCCUGCUAUUGUUAGCUGGUUUAGAUACCGCUAAUGCAGUUUAUAGACGAUUCUUUGAUCCUGCUGGUGGUAAUAUUGGAAUCACAGCUCAUAUGGGAGGUCUCAUAGCAGGGUUAUUCCUUGGUAUAGCAGUGAUGAAAAAUAUCAACGAGAAGCCGUGGGAGAAGAAUGUAGGUUGGGUAACUCUAGCAUUGUUCCUUGUCUUCGUGUCAUUUUCCAUAUUCUUCAAUGGACUGUACAAUGGGUAUCCAGAAACAGAUUGGACUGCCUGUUGCCCAUAGACUGGUUAUCUCGUUGACCAUAGACAUAUCAUAGCCUUAUUCAUUGCCUUUAGAUAGGAUGUUUUGGUUAAUCAAGUGUAAAACGUUUUUUUACAAGGCAUGAACUGGUGCCAAGAACAAGAGAUUAAAAAAGCUAUUUGAUGUAUGUAUGCUAAAAAAGUCACUUUAAAUUUUGUUAAGAAAUGACUUUCCUAUGUGGCAGCUGGAUUUCUAGAAAUGCAAUAUUAUUGUGUGUCAGAAAUGUCUAUAAUAUGUAGGAAGCUCUAGAUAUUGCAUUAAGCAGGCUCUCCAACCUCCCUAGUCUACUUUUCUACUUUUCUUACACGCUACUGGAGAGCCUCAAAUAAGAAAUGAUGCAAUUAAGAAACAGUUGUCUUUUUUCUUUAUAAAACUGUUACCAUUUUUUAAGUUUAUGAAUGCUGCACAUACAAGUUGAGUUCUUGCCAAGAUUUGCCACAACUUUUCACCAGUUUUAAAAAUGUAGAAAAUUUAAAAAUUAAAAAAAAAGACUGUCUUACAUACCAUAACAAUUUAAUGUUUUUUUUUCUUUUCAAAAAUAUUUUCUCAGAUUUACUAUACCAGCAUACUUCAUUGCUCAAACACCAAAUACUAUCUCUAACACAAAAAACACUGCCAAAUUAAAUAUUUAGCUUCUGUUUAUAUUCUUUACCAAAAUGUAUCAGUAAUAUUUUUACUUUCGCUUACAAAAUUCUGGUUUUAUGUUAUGAAAUGAAACUUCUUGAAAAUGAAAUUUUAAUCCCUUUAUCUUUUAAGAAAUCAUCGUACAUUAACUUUAUUUGAUCUCCAUGUUUUUGUAUUUUAAUUUUAGAUAAUGUGUGAGAUUUUAAGAAAACUUAAAACGUCUAUGUAUAUAUAUAUAAAUAAUUCACAAGUAGAUUAAUGUGUAUGGUCCUUUGUUAUUUUAGAUGGGGUAUUUUGAAAAGCCCUGUGCUUAGAAUUUUAGGAGUUGAAAAAAAAAUCCACAAAAAACAACAAACGUUUUUUUACAUUUUCUUUCUCUUGGACGUUGUUUUUUUAUUACUUAUUACUUUAGAUCUUUGAAGUACGUCAGUGUUCCUUUACCAAUGUCUUUCCCAUGGUGCGAGCUUGUUCAUUUAUUUCUAUUUAGGGGCGUCCGUGGCCGAGUGGUUAAGGUCGUUGACUUCAAACCACUUGCCCCUCACCGCUGUGGGUUCGAAUCCCGACAGGGACUUUGGAUUCUUUCAUGUGAAGAAGCUAUCAAGCUAGCUUACGGAACGUCGGUGGUUCUACUCAGGUGCCCGUUCGUGCCUGAAAUAAUGCACGGAAGGGCACCUGAGGUCUUCCUCCACCAGUAAAGCUGGAACGUCGCGAUAUGACCUAUACUGUGUCGAUGUGACGUUAAACCCAAAACAAGCAAACAAAAUUUCUAUUUAUGGUAAUGAUCAUACACGUCAUUAUAGAUAGUAAAUGAAUAUGUUGAUUUGAUUAUUGUAUAAGAGGCUUCCAUAGAAGAGGGGUAAAAUCCGCCGACUUUAAAAUUUUUAUUUUACCCGUGGGUUCCAAUCCUACCAGGGACUUUUGAUUCUUUCUUGUGAGGAAGCUUGUCUUGAAGUUCUACACAGGUGCCAGCUCGUUCCUUAAAUAAGGUCUUUCUCAACCAGUAAGUUUGAAAGUCGCCAUAUGACUUUUACACUCCCAAUGUGACUUAAAAUAAAAAGAUAAAAAACAUUGGUAUUGAAGUGUCUCGAACUAUUUCUGUAGCCUUUCAUUUUUUUUUAUCAACAAAGUUGUAAUAUUUUGUUUGUUUUGCAUAUCCAGAUACAAUGAUUGUGAUAAAAAUCAGAAAAAAACAUAAGCAGAAAAUAUUUUCCGCAGUCGUUUGUGCUCACACAGGGCACCUUGAUUCCAAUCCCAUGACAUCAUUAUGAUGUACCUAUAGUACCUAUAAUUAUUGAAUGCUUUAUUAUUGAAAUGAGUGAGGCAGGGUUGUACAUUCUGUCCAUACAGUUUCGCAGUGUAAGUUUCAAGAUUAGCAUGUCCCUAACCAAUAUACCAAUACCUAUAUGACCAGUUCAGACAAGAUCAAUCGGCACAUUCGUGCUGCCUGAUCAUGACCUGCACUGUACUUUAUUCAAUAAUAUGUAGAAUUAAUGAUAAGCAAGUGCAUUUAAGAUACUUACUGUGGUUAGGGUUACAUUAACAAUUAUAAACUGUUAAAUGGAUUGGCUGACAAUUGCUUGCACAUAUAGAUUCUCUUAUCUUGUUAUUGUAAAUUAAAUUGCAAUUAGAAUCAAAAAUUUAUGUUAUAUUCUGAUUUAUGUUUGUAUGUUUUAGGGGAAAUGGUAUUGUACGAAUAACAUUUUGUUUUAAUAAUAUGAGCCGUGACAUGACAAAACCAACGUAAAGCGUUUGCAACCAGCAUGGAUCCAGACCAGCCUGGGCAUCCACGCAGUCUGAUCAGGAUCCAUGCUGUUCGCUUAAAAACCCUAUAACAAGUAUAGAAAAUGAUAGCGAACAUCAUGGAUCCUGAUCACACUGCGCAGAUGUGCAGGCUGAUCUGGAUCCAUGCUGGUCGCAAACCCAUUAUGUUGGUUUUGUCGUAACGCGGCUCAUAUGUGAAGCAUUUUAAAGACAUGAGUAGAUCUAUGUAUUAGUGAAUAGAUAAUUAAACUGAUGAUAUAGUCGCUUAUAUUGUAGUAAAAAGAUAGUGACAUUAUAUUUUGUAUUCUGAACAUGAAUGGUAUGCCCUUUUAUAUAAUCACUUUACUGAUAUAUAUGUUUCUGAGCGCAAUAUAAUUGCAUAUUGUUAUUUUCUUUUACUCUUUUUUACAUAUCAUAAACAUAAAAUCUAAUUGUGUUGUGAUCCCUUAUGUUUUUAUCUUUAUACAUAUAUUGCCUUGUUUAGUUUUUUUGCAUUUAUUUAUAUAGUAUUUACACAUAAAGAAUUUACACUGUUAGAUAUCAGUUGCAAUCACGUUAAAAUCAGUUAUGGAAGUUUUUCUUGAAUAUAUGUUAUUUAAAGCAUGUUUUUUUAAAAGUAACUUUUUUUUAAAGUAACGUUAUUGUGUUCAGCAAACACAAAACGUAUUAUCUUGAUUAGAUUUUUACAUGCAAACGCUGAAUGUUUAUAUUGCACUUGACCGCAGUGCUGACAGGUGAGAUUUAGUUGUGAUAGUAUGUUUUCCAUUUUGUAUAGACUGUUCUGUUGUGACCCAUAAUUUAAAGAAAAAAAAUUGGUAUCCCCUCCUUUUUAUUCUUUUCAACUUUCACUUCAACAGAAGUUAUGACAAUGGUUCUGGCAUGAUGUAUCAGUAGGUCAAAGGAGCUAAAAUAUAGUUAAAAUGAAUUUUUAAAGUCUUCCUCUCUGAAUGUACAAUAAUAUGACUGAAAAACUGUUGGGAAAAGGCGUAAAAUGAAACGAACAAAACAAAAAAGUAAAAAAUUGUCAUGUUACAUCUUUUUGUGUCGUCUGCUAUAAAAUUAUAUAAAUCCCGCCAUCAGGGUCAAAAUUAGCACACCCCAGGGGUUCAUUUAGUUUAUUUUAUAUUUUGUGUGCAAUUACGUGGUAUAGAAAAGAUAUUUGGAAUGUAGCAUUGCCUUGUAGACCUUUACAAAAAUAUAAAUCAUGACCUUUGGGUAAAAAAUGGGUAUUGCCCUGGGGUCAUUUUUGUUACGUAGAAAUGUAUAGGAAACAGAUUAUAAAAUCUCUUAAUAAACUACAAUGCCACAAAUUUUAAUGUUUUGGCAUACAACACUACUUAAUUGCUCUUGACUGAAUAUAUUUGUCACCAAGUUUAUCUUUAAUAAAGAUUUGAAUGUUAUCAUAAAUCAUACCCUUUAGGUAAACAUUUCUCCUGCCCUUGGGGUCACUCGGUAUAGGAAAACACGUUAUCGUGAGGAACAACAUGUCUUAGAGCUUAGAUAGUGACUACCUAGCAUUGUUAAGUGAAACCUCUUUUAAAUUUUUUUGAAGAAUUUUCGCAGGGGUGAAAUAGUCCCACCACAAAAAAUUGACCCAAUGACUUAAUAACAUUAGACCUUUUUUAGCAGUUGAUCUCAUGUGAGCGGUCUUCGGCUAUCUUAUUUUAUGUAACAUUUUUAUCAGUUUUUAAUUACUCCUGUUGAUUAUAUUUCUAGCCUUUAUAAAAUAUAUUUAACAUUAUUUUCAAUAAAUGAAUUUGUAUAUUU